ACGAUAAUGAAAAUCUAUUACCGAGAUUUAUACUUUGUUUCAAAUUUCAUCAACAGCGUAUAACUCAGUUAAAGGCAAAUAGAUGACAAUUGUCUGAUAGUCCAUGAUAUGGUAAUCCCUUUUUUUUUUUGGAGAUUACUCGAUUGUUGUGUAUGUUGAGGACUUGAAGAAAGAUAACAAUGCCGGUGAUGGUGGUAAUGGUGGUAAUGGUGGUGGUAUCCAAAGACCCUUGUGGUGAGAUGAGGUUAGAAAAAAAGGUACUUCUGUUUUCUUGAUGAUGAGAUUAUUCAUCUAAAGUAAGUUAAAUUUUGAUUUUCCUAUAUUUUAGUUAUAGUUUUCAUUGAUGUAGUUAUGAAUUUAUAUCAAUUAGUUAACAUGUGAAAGCAAUUAGUUUAGUAUUGUACAAAUUUUUAAAAACAACCGUCUGAUGCGUCAGACCUGUCCACGUGUCAGGACGCAGGUCAGGACGCGGGUCAAUUCUUUAUUCGGGUUCAAAACGGUUAUUUUUCCGGGUUGAGUAUAAAAAGCGUUGUUUCUCACCUUUUUCCCUAUUUUCAAAUCACUGUUCAUCUUUUAGAGAGAGAAAACCGUCGAGUUCUUCCAUUUUAGGAGAGAGAAAGCUUCUACUCUUUGAUCUUCUCUUCGAUUUCUUCAAUUUCCGUAAGUUUUUUGCAUUUUCACUUGUUUUUCUUUGUUCGUCUGUUGUUCUUACUAAUUUCUCCUCUUUUUUUCCGUUCGAUUUAGGGUUUUGAAAGUGUGAUUGUGAUAUUUUCUGUUUUACUUCAAUAUUCGGUAAGUUCUUUCUAUUUUCAUCUACUUUUUGUUCAAUUUUGUCAUCAUUUGAUGUUCGUUUUUGUUUCUCACUGUUUUUGGUUUUGAUUUAGGGUUUCGUAAUUGGGAUUUGUGAUAAUUUUGGUUGUUCUUCAUUUUCGACAAUAUUUUUUCACAAAAUGAGGUCGAAAAAUGCUAAUAAACCAUCUGAUUAUCAUGAUGCUAAUUCGCAAAACACAUCUGGGAAGCCGAGUGAAGAUGUGGAAGCUAGUGCGAAGCCGAGUGAAGAUGUUCCAACUAGUGCGAAGCCGAGUGUAGAUGCUGCAGCUGGUAAACAUAAUGAUGAGAGGAAAGUAGGAAGAGGGCCAAAGAAGUCCAAAGUAAAAUUAGAAUACACGGAAGAUGGCGGGGAAAUUGUAGAGUCGGAUAGGGGUUACAAACUUAGUUGUAGACCGGAGGCUUUGAUUAAUCUUCUUGAUGCUAUAAAGAAGAAAAAUGACAAAUUGAAAGCUAUAAGAGAAAUUGAUUUUGGUGGUUUGCUGAGUGUUCGACUUCAUGACAUCAACACUCGCCUUGUUCCAUGGCUACUUCAGAAUUUUAAUUGUGUUGGUCAUAUGCUCCAGUUUGGAGAAAAUCAUAAUGUUCAGAUAUAUGACUAUGAUGUUAAGGAGACACCAAGAAAGCGGGUUGAAGGAGAUGCCAACCAUACAAUUAUUCAGAGAUGGAAUGAGAAGUACCACAAGAAACGAACUGUGCAGGCUCCCACCUUGUCGGAGUUCGAGUCUUAUUUGAUUAAAACAGAUGAGUCUGGAUACGCAUUUUAACGUGCCUUUGUGGUAUGUGUUUUAGACAUCAAGGUUCUCAAGGCCGUUGAGGAUGUUUCACAGAUUGUGAAACAAAACUGGUGUAAAUAUGUGUUAAACCACCUUGGGUCCGCUGUGGAGAGGUGGAGAGAGAGCGUCAAGAAUGACAAGGUUGGUGGCUGUCUUCUAUUUUUGGAGAUAAUUUAUCUCCAAAGGUCGUUAUUCCGGGGUGUAGUUCCCCCUAAGGAAAUCACACUUGUUCAACAUUGGAAUGAUGAACAAGUGACUGAACGUCUGGUCUCCGAGGACAAGAUGGGUUUUGGGGUAGCUUUGGUUGAUAUAACCAGCUAUCCCGUGUCUAAGACUUUUGCUGAUUUGUUAGGGGGUCUUAACCCUAUUAAACUCGAAGCUCCUGCUGCUCCUGCUAAACCUUCGGAAUGUGCACCGGAUAAUUCCAAAGCUGAUCGAAACAGGAUUAUUAAGUUCCAUAUUCCGGAAGGUCUUCAAACUGAUGCUGAAAUUCAAGAUACCUGCGAUGAUGAGUUGCAAUCAGCAAUGAAAAUAUAUUGCCGUGAUUUACAUGUUGUGUCCACUUUUCAUAAGGACCGUAUAAAUCAGUUAAAGAGUAGGCGACAACAAUUGUCAGACAGUCCAGGAUACAGUGAUCCUGUGUUUUUGGAGAUUAUUGACUCAAUUGUUGCAUAUGCUGAAGACUUGAAAAAAGAAAACAAUUCUUUUAAUAUUGCUGAUGAUGCUCGUUGUGAUAAGGCUGGUGGUGGUUCUGUUGAGAAGUCUCCUUCUCAUGUUGGUACUGGUGAAAAGGGUCCAAUUCAGAAGAAUAUUGAAGGUUCUGAAAAUGUUGCUCCUAAGGCUGCAGAUCCUGAACAAGAAGCUAUGAGUAUUUUUAGCAGUAUUCCCAUUGGUUCUGCUACAGAAUAAGUGCACUGCAUAUCUGAUUUAAUGGUGAGAUAUCCAAAGAUCCUCGGUCGUCUGAGGAGACUAGAAAAAGAAGUUAUUGAUUUCUGUUUCUUGGAUGAUGAGGUACUUGAUCAAAAGUAAGUUAACAAUUAGUUAUAUUUUGACAUAAAAUUAGUUAACUAUAUAUAUCAUUUAGUUAAGAUUUUUCAUGAAAUAUUUUACAUAAUUCAAUAUUUUACUUAUUUAUGGCGACAAGCGUGUUAUAAAGCCCAAAAUGGCAGUACUCGAUCAAACAUGUGGCCGGUGGAUGCAGCAGUCCAAGCAGUAGCCGAUGAGGUUAUGGAGAACAUAGAACCAGUAGUUAAAGCUGUAGUAGUGGAACCAAUUAAGCAGCAUUUAACUAAAGAUGGGUUUGUUAUGGUGUUAGCGUUUGGAAUAUUACUGGUAUCAAUUAUACAAAUGGUUGUUGGACUUGCAAUAUUGUCUAUGGGUGUUUCGUUAGCAGGCGUAGCAGCAUUCGCCUUGGCACUUUUAUGAUUGUCGAGGAAGACAAGGGGUAACCGAAGCCAACGUGAUAAUGAGUAGAACGACAAUGGUUAGUACACUCAGUAGUAGCGCUUAAAGGUAGCGGAUAACAUUCAUAACUGAUAUUAACUGAGACUUUUUCAUCUCCAUGAUCUUAAUAUUUAAAGGUGGUUUCGUUAAAC